CAGGGCGCGAUUCCAUGGAGCGGUGGACCGCUUUAAUACUACGAUUAGCGUAUUGCACUUGACGCGGGAUCUCCUUGGCGCAACGCGAAGUACGUCUUCCGGAUCGUGGGAAGAGUGCACCUAACAAUCGCGAGUAUCGCGCUGUUUGAAAAUGUCGAGAAAGCAUAGUUCAGGAAGAUAGCUUUCGCGUUUGCGGAGCUUUACUCUGUGUUACAAUUUUUUACUCGCUCAAAAUUACCGGUCUAUAAAUUAUUUGCAAUCAAACGUUCUGCAUCUCAAAAAAAAAAAAAAAAAAUAGCCACGAAAAAAGAAGACAAACAAACUAAUUCGGAGAUUUUCAGGUUGGGUGCCCGAUCAAAAUUUCAAGAUAUUAAAGACGGGUCACCAUAAUCGCAGUGCGCAAUGGAUUUUAUGAGAAGAACCUCUCGAGUCACACCAAAAAUUGCGAGUCUCCAAGAGAUUUAUCCUCAUGAUCUACAAUUCUACAGAAUACCACCCUCUGGUCGGAUAACUCUUGAUGAGUUCCAUCAACUGAGUAUGGAAAGAAUGAAAGUUCUGCGUAUAAUUGAAUCAGUACACAUACAGUCGGAUAUUACACCGGAUCAGCGGCUACCUAUCAUUAUCAGCCAACUAAGAAAUGAUAAGACUUUGUAUCAUUAUGUUAAACUCCUAAAGACGACUGGGAGCGAUGUUCCAAAUGAAGCACAGUUAAUAGCAAGGCAGCGAGAUCACACUUCUCACUUCAUCUUACAUUUAGCGCACUGCUUAACUGAUGACCUGAAAAGGUGGCUUAUUGCUCGAGAGGUGGAAUUGUUCAAAUUACGAUACCGCAACUUGAGUUCUGAAGCUAUUCAGCAGUUCCUGAAAAUCAACGAUCUGAAUUAUGUACCUAUAUCGCAAAAUGACAAAGAUGAUAUUAAGCAGUAUCUUUGCCAAUCUACAUGGGGUCAUUCAGAAGCGAAUGUUGAUGUAACUAAUUUUUAUAAAGUAUCUUUUGACGAAGUGGGAGACCUGGUCAAAAGCAGAAAAGUUUAUGUCAAAAGUGGCUUUGCUUACAUUCCAGAAAAAGAACUUGUUACGAUAUUUGUAACAAUAUUUAGAAUCCAACUAGCUCAAGCGCUAGCAUGCACCAGGCGAGGAAUACCUAUGUUGCAUACUGAUGAGAGAAUUCGGAGCUUCAUGAAAAACUUUCAUAACUGCUACAUGGGUGAUGACUAUCUCGAUAACAACGGCCCGAAUAUUCCUAUAGAAAAUCUAGAUGCGUUAUCAAAAACGUCAUAUCCUCUGUGCAUGCGAGUUAUGCAUGAAACGUUGCGGUCGAAACACCAUCUAAAACACGUAGGUCGGCAACAGUAUGGAUUAUUCCUAAAAGGGAUUGGUGUUUUGUUGGAGGACGCGCUCCGCUUUUGGCAGGAAGAAUUUUGCAAAGUGAUGGAACCUGACAAAUUUGAAAAGACCUAUGCGUACAACAUAAGGCAUAAUUUUGGGAAAGCAGGAAAACGUACAAACUACACCCCUUACAGUUGCAUAAAAAUCAUCACCUCAAAUGUUGGCCCAGACCAAAUUCACGGAUGCCCAUUUAAAGAAUUAGAUGCCUUGUCGCUGAAGAAAAAGAUGCUGAGUUAUGGUCUAACUGAAACUGUUGUGCAAGAUGUAGCACACUAUGCCCAGAAAAAACAUUAUCAAAUAGCUUGUACCAGGUACUUUGAAGCUGUACAUAAGUGCCCAUCACUGAACACAGUCAUGCAUCCAAAUACCUAUUUCAAAGAAAGCCAGAAGUUACUAAACGGUGGAAAUCCAGCGCCUGCUAAAAGACAACCGUUGAACCAGAGUAAUCUAAAAAAAAAAUACGAGCGUGAAGAUUAUACAGAUUAUUUGGAUGGUAUGUUCUCUGAUUUCGAUGAUGAUAGCAAAUAAUAUUCAAGUGACUGUAUGUGCUCUUAUGUGUAUGUGAUACCAUGGCCUCGUGAAUAGUCUCCAUAUGAAAUACGACGAUUAGGAGUGAAAUUUGAAUGAUAUUGGACUGCCCUCUUUUAUUUUAACAUAUUUUGAUUGCCUUUCUGCGGCUGGACCCACAGUAGCCAAAACAGCCCGCUGCCAUUCAAGAGACCGAUACUAGUUUGACUUUAACUCAAUGAUUCUUUUAUGGAGACUGUCCUCGCUAUGACGCGGUCCAAGCACACUGUGUUUUGAAUUUUUGUAAAAGUAACAUUAUAAAUUAUAUUUUUUAAAA